AAUCUCCGAAUAUGAGACAGGGCAGUCAUUUCAGGCGCUCGAGUCUGGAGAUCUAGUAACGGCACGAGGAGCAAUUCGUUCUCGGCGAAUUGGUCGGUCGAUCUAUCACUCACGGAGCGUUGCUGCUGAUUCACCGAAGUGAAUCGGAAUUCGGAGAGCAGCGAUGGCAGGCGGACACGGUCAGAAGUUUGCCGAUCUAACCUUGCACGCACCCAAGGCUUGGCAAACGAGGACAGGCCAGGGAUUGUGCGCUGUGAUGUGGCUGUGGAUCAUGUACAGGGCGAAGAAUGAUGGAGCUGUGUUGAUGGGGUGGCGGCACCCUUGGAACGGUCACGGUCACGGUCACGGACAUGGAGCUGGUCAUGACGGUGGACAUGGACAUGGGUCCAAGAGCGGCCACUGACGAGCUCGUGAACACUUUGGAGUGGGCGCCGGAGGUAGCUUUUGCGUUUUUUUGAAUCGUGUUAUAACUGGUCUCGUUCGGAAAAACGGUUUGUUUUCCCACUCGGGAAGGCACGGGGUUGGAAUCCUCGAGUCUAGAAGGGGCUGGAGUUGUCUAGAACAAAAGGCAGAUUGGAAAUGACAUGAUGAUUGAUCGUAAAAAUUGGUUUCAAAAUAGAUUCCUAGGGUUGAAGUGUCACCUGAGAGGAAUGUUGUCGCCAGAGUAGAAAGUCAUGAAGUUCAUGUGAUGGUAAGCUCCAGUUCCGCUUAUUAGAUUCACUGGAUUUAUUGACUGAUCUCGGUCCAUAUUGGAAGAGCCUGCUGAAACAUUGAGUAUGGCCCACGACGCGAUGCCAAAUAACGAAAUUUUCUUUGUUUCUACAUCGUGAAGCAUGAGUAGCUCGAGCUGAGGGUGGAGACAAUUUUUCCGGUCAUAAUGCGUUUUUCAGGUCAUAAUGCGUUUU